GCAGAGGCUGGCCCUGGAUUACACAAGUGCAGACACUCAACUAAGUGAGCUGGAAGACCCAGGAGAAGACCGGGCCUCAGGUGCCCACAUGAUCAGCACAGCCAGUGUACCUGCGGAUAAGCCAGUACGCAUUGCCUUUAGCCUCAAUGAUGCCUCAGAUGAUACACCUCCUGAAGACUCCAUUCCUCUGGUCUUUCCAGAAUUAGACCAGCAUCUACAGAAUUCCUGUUGGACUGAGAAAACCCUGUGCAUUGAAGCAAAUUCUCUGAUGAGUUUCCUUGGCUGGGGUAAAUGUCCACUGAGUAAGCUGUCUUCCAAGGGCAGUAGAUCCUGCUGA